UUUUGUUCUGCAGAUGACAGACAGACUAGUCCUAGUGGCAAGCAGAUGAUAGGAUUUGUCACCUGGUUUGUUGUGCUUCAUUACCUUAUGACACAUAAUAGACCGACCAGGGUCACCCUGAUGAUGGAAAUAUAUGAAGGUUAAAUUAGUAUACUGAUUUACCUUUAUUCUCCCUUGGACCAGCUGGGUGACACCCCAAAUGAAGAAUGAUUCCCAGCAUGCAAUCUGUUGCCAGUAGGCAUGCAAGUUCUCAGCAUCAACACAAAAGAUCAUCCAGCAAUAAUCAUGAUAUAAAUAACCAGACAGUGCUACCCAUCCCCAUGGCCCAAGAAUGUACCGAGGCUCCAAGAUGGCCAUCAGAUUCUGUAUAUGUACAUAACCAUUUUGAUGAACCAAGUUCCAGGAAUUUGGGUAAAGAAUCAAGACAACCAUCAGUUCAGAGUAAAAAAGUAACAAGAGUUAAACUCGCAAAGGCUCAGAGUCCCAGUCAUGAGCGUAGCAAAUAUUUUAUACGAACUGCAGGUGGUAUGAGUGUGUCAGUUCCAGAACUGCCACCUGAACAUAAAAUGACUUCCAAAAACUUCCAGAUGAACUUCACGGAACCUCUCCCAGUGCCCCAACUUGAAGAUGGGGCUUUGGCAAGCAGUGAAAACCCAUCCUUAACACCAAUUAUGAAGACACGGACAAAUCAAGCCAACAGUUAUUUACCUCUGAGUGUGGAACUAAUUGCAGGCAGAGGUCAAACCAGUAUGCCCAGUGAUGGAAAUAAGAACAGCACCAGCAGCAAAUUACGAAGUUUGCCACCAUCGCACACUUUGGCCAUGUCUGCUUCAUUUCUUAAAUCUUAUUUCAGUUCAGGGCCUGAAAAACAGCAUUCAAAGAGUGCUGGUUCAACUCCUGAGACUGAAACCUCAGUCAAAACGAAGAUGAUGGGCUUAUGGAAUAAUGUUAAAUAUGGUUGGACAGUGAACCUGAAGACUAAUUUCUCAAAAGACUCACCAGUUUACCUCUUAGGCUAUGUGUAUCAUAAGAGUUUAGGGGUAGAUGAAGAGAAUGCUAUGGAAGAGGUUGAGAGGCACGGCAUGGAAGCAUUUAAGCGGCACUUCAACAGCUUGGUGUGGUGCACUUAUCGGCGACAGUUCCCCACAUUACAUGACUCUGUCCUCACAACUGACUGUGGCUGGGGCUGUAUGCUAAGGACAGGCCAGAUGAUGCUCGGCCAUGCUCUCAUUCGACAUUUUCUCACAAAAGACUGGAGAUACAACAAGAAUGCAGCAGAGGGACCAGACGAAUUGGUUCAUCGUAGCAUUGUGCGCUGGUUGGGUGAUUCCCCUUCAUCACGUUGUCCGUUAUCACUUCAUAACUUGGUUCACUUUGGCGAAAAGUUGGGAAAGAAAGCUGGUGAUUGGUAUGGACCAGCAUCUGCAGCAUACAUAUUUAAAGAUGCUGUUGAAAUGGGUUCCAGGUAUAUCCCAGAUUUACAAAGAAUUUGUGUUUAUGUUGCCCAGGAUUGUGCCGUAUAUAUUCAAGAUGUGCUAGACCUGUGCUUCACUUCAUGUUUGUGUAACAAAGGGGAUCUCAUUAACUUGCAAAAAAAUAGUAACAAAAGGACACCUAACUUGCAACAAGAAGAUUCGUCGGUACCUCUAACUGUGGACCUUGAGUGUUCCCAGGUAUACAAAAAGGAUCCCAAAGUAUAUGGACAAAGCAAUGGAAACAAAGAAAGUGAGGACAGAUACUGUCAUACUAUGAGAGCUGAAAAUUCAAAGGAAAGAAAUAUUGGACAUAACAAUAAAAUAUUUAAGAAUGGAAGCAGCACGAGGGAUACACAACACACAGAGAAUUACCAGUUGCCCUUAGCUGAUAUAUCGCUAACGGUUAGCAGUGGUACAAAAUUAAAUGAGAAAUUAAGUCACGAGAAAAGGGUUAGACUAGAUAGUAGUGAACCAUUCAAGCAAUGUGCAAAGUGUGACAACUGGAGAUCUGUGUUGAUCAUGGUGCCUGUUAGACUAGGAGGUGAAGCAUUAAAUCCUAUAUAUGCUCCAUGUUUAUAUUCCCUCUUCACUCAUGAGCUCUGUGUUGGAAUUAUUGGAGGCAGACCAAAACAUUCACUCUACUUUGUGGGAUUCCAAGAGGAUUCGCUGAUCCAUUUGGACCCACACCUGUGUCAAGAUGCUGUGAUGGUAACUCAGCCACAUUUUUCUCUAUCCUCUUAUCACUGUUCUUCCCCUCGCAAGAUGGCACUUUCUCGCAUGGACCCUUCAGCUACUUUGGGCUUCUAUUGCCACUCUAGAACAGAUUUUCUACGGCUCAUGGAGGAACUCCCAGAGCUUAUUACACCCAAGCAGCCAGGCUUUGAAUAUCCAAUAUUUGAAUUCUUGGACGGUCGAUGUGAAGAUACUGAUGCAUGCACACGACAAGUUAGUACGGAGGACAAAAUGGCCGCCUCAAUGCCAGGAGACACUCCACUACUCCCUCAAGAUUCUGAAGAGUUUGUGUUCCUUUGAUCAUUUGCCCCUUCAGGUUAAUGUAUCAUAAUAGAUGUUGGAAUAUUACUGUUGUUUCAGUCAUAUACCAGUUAUAUUGGAAGUGUAGAAAUGUAUCACCCGUGAUAUUCAUGUUGCAUUAACAUUACCGGUAUUUGUCAUUGUAUAAAAAAUCUGCUACUCAACCGCAGAGAUCAUAAUAUAUUUUAUUUACACUGUGACUUAUUGUUAGGUAACAAGUGUAGUUCCAUGUUAAUUUAUGUUAUUGAUUAUAUAAUCCAGUGGAUAUUGAUCACUGCCAUAUGUUGUAAUAUGGUCUUUAUCAGAAUGCUGUUACUAUUUUCCCUGAGGACUUUCAGUAAAUAAAGUACAGUACCAUAUAUAAACUAUGGAGAAACUUUACAGAUGCAAAACCAUCCCAUUUUGUCAAGGUAAUAGAUGCACUGAAUUACAAAGAUAAAGUUUUUUAUUAAAUUUUAUAAGAUUUUA